AUGUUAAAGCCACGUGGUAGUUGUCUCUUAGGCAUUCAUUGCCGUCGAGAAUUACCCCAGGUGAUUUGGAAGCAUGGACCCCUAUACGAAGGCAUACAACAUUUGAUAUCUGAAGAAAAGACGGCAGCAGAGCAAAUUUGGAAUGAUACAAAAUUGCGCAUCGAAACGACAGCAAAUGAAUAUCAAAAGGCUCAAAAUUAUUUGCGGAACUUCGAGGAGAUAUUCAACGAGAAGAUACAACAAAUUCGGGAAUGGCAACAAUACGAAGAGCUGCAAAAAUGCUAUAAACAAUAUGAACGACAGAUUGCCCGCUUUAAUCGUAAUUUAAUUUAUAAAUUUCGGGUAUGUCGUCAAGCACUGAAUAGUAGCCUCUCGCAGUUGGAAGAUGAAAUCCGCACGGAGGUGUUAUAUAUUCGUGAUGCUGCCAUUGAAAUACAAGAAGUUGUGUAUGAUUGUAAUGUUACGGAUUUGAAGAGCUAUAAUGAAGUGGAGGAGAACUAUAUGCAUGGCAGCCAUGUAACCAUGUGUGUCAUUUCGAAGUUGAGUGCAAUCCGCCAGCAGCAAUUCGAGGCCAGGCAUAUUUCGUUGGAAAUCCUAGGACGUAUUGUGGCCAGUGAUAUCCAUCAAAAUGAAAUGACAGAGGGUAAUGGUGGUGGCGACGGAGUUGUGUCUAGACCCAAAGGUGAUAAUGUUUGUUUGGAAUUCCGUCAUUUGCGAGAAGAGUUUGAAACGAUCUAUGAUCGCAUCUUACGUUGUAUUGUGGAUGGAAAAUAA